CAGCAGCGCUCCAUGUGGAUGUGGAAAUCGCGCGUGUACAUGACAUGAGGCAUGGACCGCAGGGAGGACUCUCUUUAAACCCAGAGCAGACCUUCAUGAGGUGAAUGAUCUGUAGGUGGCGCUCUAUAGGUGGGGGGAGGUGAUGCAGCGGAUGUGGUCUUCAGUCACUCUGCGGCAGGUGUCCCGGCUGCGUUCUGCGUACCUGGGUCACGCCUGGGCCGCACGUCAACUUCCUUCGACCAUCCAGGCCUCGCGCUGCUUUAGCUGCACUAAUGUUGUGUGGGUGAACAAAGUCCAUAAAACGCCUGUGGAGGAAGAAACGCCAUUGGACCCUCCGCAGAGUCUUGCAGGAACUGAGGGUCUUUACAAGGCUGAUCCCGGGUCUGUAGAGACUGCCCCUGAGAAUAAGGGCGAUGUCGAUCCUCUGCAGGACAAAUCUAUUGGGCUUUUCCAGAGAUUUAAGAAGACGUUUAAACAGUAUGGUAAAGUGAUGGUGCCCGUGCAUAUCGUCACAUCCACUGUAUGGUUCGGUAGCUUCUACUAUGCUGCAAUGAAAGGAGUGAACCUUGUCCCGUUCCUGGAGUUCAUUGGUUUACCGGAUUGGAUGGUGGGAAUUUUGCGCGAUUCCCAGGGUGGCUAUGCACUCACAGCCUAUGCAAUGUAUAAGCUUGCUACACCUGCCCGAUACACCGUUACACUGGGCGGCACGUCCCUCUCCGUCCAAUACCUCCGUAAACAUGGAUACCUCUCCACCCCUCCGCCUGUUAAAGAGUACAUACAGGACAAAAUGGAGGAGACCAGGGAAAGAUUGACUGAAAAAAUGGAGGAGACAAAGGAGAGAUUUUCAGAGAAAAUGGAGGAAACCAAAGAACUGCUAUCGGACCGAAUGGAGGGGACCAAAGAGCGUUUUUCUGAGACGAAAGACAAAUUUUCUGAGAGACUUCAGGAGACGAAAGACAAAAUGUCUUUCCGUAAGAAACCUGAUUAGGAAUUUGCUGUGAUUAAAGAAAUCACACACACAGUCAAUUACUCAAGGAGAAAAGUAGGUAAAAACUCAAUCUCACGGGUUUUUUGUGCAGUUGUAUCUAAGUCUUUGUUGACUUUGUAAGGUACUGAACGUUCACCUACAACAACUGUUGGUCUGUGUUCAUGAAACACAAAUGUCUGUUAAAUUAAUGAUAAGAAUACAUUCUCAUGUAAAUGCAUUAAACUGUAUGUAACAAGGUACAAAUUGUUUUGAAGUGAAUAAGGUAACAAACUUGAAAUAUUGCAAUAAUGUUAAAUUCACCAUAUCAGGCUAAAAUCAGGACUGUAUUAAUUUUAAUAUUACAUUUUGAAAAGUGUUUCUACUUGACAGCCAAGUGAUAAAUAUCAAUAUCUGUAAUUGA